AUGGCGAUCCCCACCCAACAGAAAGUACACGAUGUGGUCAAACACUAUCGUCCUGCAAGACAAUUCCCUUGUUCGACUCGGUCAGACGGACACGAGACCCGGGUCACCUCCCUUGAUUUCGAUGAUAUGGGCGAAUUUCUGGUGGCAGCCUCUGACGAUGAGACAAUGCACGUAUACGACAUCAAAGAGGGCAAGAGGACGAAGACAAUACCUAGCAAGAAGUACGGCAUCCAUCUAGCUCGGUUCACUCACCAUUCACGGAAUGUACUUUUCGCUAGUACCAAGCAAGAAAACUCUCUGCGGUUACUAGAGCUUCACAACGAGAGCUUCGUUCGCUAUUUUACUGCUCACACCGGCCAAGUCACCUGUAUCGCUCUGUCUCCCGCUAGCGACCAAUUUCUCUCAUGCGGCAAUGAUGACAUGGUUUGCUUGUGGGACUUGAACUCAAGGAGCCCCCAAGGCAAGCUCAAAUUGGUGACUCCGUAUCUUGCAGCAUACGACCCCUCCGCUCAGAUCAUGGCGAUAGCGUCGCAAGCUACCUCUUCGAUCCUUCUGUACGACGUCCGCAAUUUCGAUAAAGCCCCCUUUGCGACGUUUGACAUGCUGGAAGCGGAGGAUCGCUACACUCCAACUACGAAAGGCAGGGCAUGGACAAAGCUGGAAUUUUCCAACGAUGGGAAACAUAUGCUGCUUGGUACAGAUUAUCAUGGUCAUUUUGUCCUGGACGCCUUCGAUGGGACAGUCAAAUCAUUCCUGGUAGGCAAGACUGCGGGAAGCGGAAGGGCUGCGCCAGUGUCAACUUCUGGAAAGCCACUGGGCCAAGGAGAUGUAUGCUUUACCCAAGAUGGGAGAUAUGUCGUGGGUGGAACAGGCGAGUCGGAUCUGCUCGUCUGGGACACUCAGAAUACCGCCGACAUCCUGCUGGAACCUACCGCCCGACUGAACAGUCGAGGCAUCAAGACACCGGUCGUGCAAUGCAACCCUCGUUACAAUCAGCUGGUGACUGCGGACACCAAGGUGUGCAUGUGGUUGCCAGGCGACCAGAUCAAACACACAGAUCUUUGA